AUGGCCGACUUUAGUUGGCUUCGGCUCGGCCAGCGCUCUCGCACUCCCAGCAUACCCCGGACGCCAACAUCGCCCGGACGCGGGCCGAGACAGGCUGCUAGCAACUUAAGUCUGACUAGCCACUCUUCCCUGGAACCUUUGACCGCCAGCAUUGAUGCUAGCUUGUUUGUUCGUGAACAGGACAAGAUAUGGUAUAACCCUUCACUAGAUCAGAUGGUCGAGGCGCUCCAAGUUGUCCUGAUGACCCAGGGGACACUACGACCGAUCCCGAUCAAGUACAACCCUUACAUCCUACACCUAAUCGAAGGCUUCGCUAAUGUCCAGGAGCGGAUCCAGACUGUCGAUUCCGCCUAUGUCGAAGCGAGACACUCGCUUGAGCAUCACCUAGAGCAUUUCAAGUCUGUAGCUGACGAAUGGCUGGAACGCGAAGGUCAGUAUAAGGCUGAAAUCAAGAGGCUCGAAGUGCUGCUAUCAAGGACCUCUAGCGAUGGUCUGGAAGCAGUAGCGCUGGCCAGAACAAACAGCGUCGUGGAUAGGAACGGCCCCGAGGCCAAGCAGUUCGUCUCCAGACUGAAGCGCCUCAGUACGCAAACCAUACAAGAGACGUCUCCUUACCUACCUGGAGACGUAUUCAAAGAAGAACCCAAGCCUGUGCCCAAGGUUCUCGAUAGGAACUGCGACUUCCUUAUGAGCGAAAGGAUACGGCGACGUGACACCGUAACUCAGGUUAGAAUGGGCCACCUUCGAAGCAGGCGUCGCUACGAAACAGCAACAGCAUCAAGUGAAGAGACACUUAAAACAGAGAGAUAUUCAGAGCAGCCCACAGGCCCUGUUAGCGACAAAAGACCAAGGCCACUAUUUUCGGAUGACAUAUCCGACGCGUCCGACAUGGAAAGCAGGACGGAAACAAGGAUAAGGCCAUGCGGGUGGCAGAGAAAGCAAGCCAGGCGGCAAAUCCUAGAAGACUUACUGGACUGCGAGACACACCACAGUGGUAGUAGUGAGGACGCCUCUUUACACCUGGGGAAAGUUCAUGGGCGCCUGAGUAGCUAUAGGCUCGGAGAGGCGUCGGUAAAUACAAGUCUCCACCUCGAUGACAGGCGCCUACGAUGUCUGUCGGGGUUUUCAUUUGUACCUGGGGACGACGCAACUCCUGUUCUUGCAAGCGGCGAGCCCGAAAAUGCGCUUCUAGCAGGGGCUGCAGCGGGGGGUGACGAGGAAAGCGAUAUUGAGCUACGGAAACCCGACUUCAAAGACGGGAAAGAGAACUUGGCCGAGGAGAUAGGUGAAGAAUUAGUGAAUAACUUGGCUAUCUCCCCGGAGUCUUGGGAAACCCAGUGGUCGUCAACCGCGGAAAAGGUCCGACCCCAAGGAUCUUGCGCAAGCAGUCUAGACACGGUGGUCCAAGCAACUACAGGGAGCCCAGAGGUGGCUGCUUACCUCAAUUCCCCAGGAUUACCAAUAGCAUUUCCAAUGCCACCAGAUAAUAACAGGGACCGGAGUCCCAGCUCGGCAUUUGAAUCAACUAGUAGGCGCACGGUACUCUCACUACCACCCAGGGGGUAAGGGGAGUGAGUAUACCAAGGCGGUGGAGAGGACAAUUAGGGGCAAGGACAAGGCUAGUGACCAUUGCCAUGAUAAUGUAUGAGGCGUUACAUACCGUACCACCUAAUAUACUGGAAAUAGCGCUCAUGCGGUGGAUUGUCUGGGUGGGAUUUAUCCUCUCAGGGAUUCGAUUACCUAUUCGUGAUUUUCACGGAGCUUAUGCGUUCAAGGUUCCAGGCCGAUCCUGGAUAGGUGUGAGAGGAGGACU